AACGGCUCAAGCUUUGAAAGUUGCCCCAACACACUGCUCCGAGACUCCGAGAUGAGCCUUUGUGGUGGCUGCUUUGCUGCCUUCUUUCCGGCGGAUUCUCCAAAGGCUAUAGCGGACGCAUCGGAGAAGCGGCCAAACAGUGGUGGAACCAGCCCGAAGGCGGAGAAGAGCGGUUCCGUCCGAGAUCACUACAUCACCGAGAACAAAGCGCUGGGCGCUGGCUCUUAUGGCACGGUGUGCAAGGCCAAGCACAAGAAAACCGGCUCAAUACGCGCCUUGAAGACGAUCUGCAAGACAGCAGGAGGGUCAAGUUCCAAGGUCCUGGAACGCUUUUAUUGCGAGAUCGCCAUCAUGAAGAAAUUGGACCAUCCUGGCAUCAUCAAGCUGUACGAGACGUUUGAGGACAAGCGGAACCUCUACCUGAUCAUGGAAAUGUGUUCCGGUGGAGAGCUCUUCGACCGAAUCGUGGAGGCAGGCCACUUCACCGAAUCGCAAGCGGCCAUUGUCAUGAAGCAGAUGAUUAGCGCCAUCUACUACUUGCACACCAACCACAUUUGCCACCGCGACCUGAAACCCGAGAACUUUUUGUUUCAUACCAAGGAGAGCAUUGAGAAAAAUCUCCUGAAGUUGAUCGACUUUGGCCUGGCAACUCCCUAUAAGCCCAACGAAGCCAUGAAGACCAAGUCCGGCACGCCAUACUAUGUGGCUCCCCAGGUGUUGCAGGGUCACUACAAUGAGCUUUGCGACAUUUGGAGCUGUGGUGUCAUCAUGUAUGUGCUCCUGUGUGGCUACCCUCCCUUCUUGGCCGACACAGAUCCGCAGGUCCUAGCCAUGGUCCGCAGGGGACAUUUCACCUUUCCACAAGAGGACUGGCAUCAGGUGUCGGAUGACGCUAAGCAGCUCAUCAAAAAGCUUUUAGAGAUGAAGCCAGCAGAUCGUUUCACAGCGGAGCAGGCCUUAAACCACAUUUGGAUUAAGGAGAAGGCACCACACAGUAGCAAAGAGCCAUUGAAUACAACCUCAGUGAGCAAUCUGAAGAACUUCAGAUCUACAAAUCGUUUCAAGAAGAUGGCGCUUCAAGUCAUCGCGACGCAACUGAGCGAAGACAAGAUCGAAAACCUGCGGAGACAGUUCCUGGCUUUGGACAGCAAUGGGGAUGGACGGCUCAGCAUCAAAGAGAUCAGCGAUGGUCUCAAGGCGGCUGGCAUGAAAGACAAUGACCUGAAGAACAUCCUUGCCGGUGUGGACUGCGACGGGAGUGGCAGCAUCGAGUACAAGGAGUUCUUGGCAGCUACCCUGGACAAAAAGCAUUACCUGCAAGAAGAUGCCCUGUGGUCCGCUUUCUGCGUCUUCGACCGGAACGGGGAUGGCAAAAUCUGCAUGGAUGAGCUCAGACACGUUCUGGAAGACGACAGUGUGGGCGAGUUGAUUCCGGGCAAACAGUCCGUGGAGGAGAUCAUGAAAGAGAUCGAUGUGGAUGGCUCUGGAGAAAUUGAAUUUGACGACGCGAACGCGAAGUGGGGAUGGGCCACAGAGGUUCCAGGGCCGGAUGGCUUUUCAGAAAUCUUCAAGAUGCCAGGUGCUUCCUUCAAAUUGGAACUCACCGGCCCAGACCUCAGCAGUCGCGACCGCGCCAUUAUCCGAGAGGCCGGGGGCGGCUGCCCAGGCCGCACAGACAGCGCAGAGAGCGAGGCAAGGCGCUUCUCGGUCUCGGUGGCGACCUAUGUCUACCACUCGCAGGGCAGCUAUGAGCCCUCGCCCUUGGUGCAUGGUGGGCCCAUUGUCGCGGGAGCCAACACGCCUGGCUGGCUGAAGGCCAGUUGGUAUCCCGUGCAGCUGAGGAUGCCGGGCAGUUUUCGAAUCUGCUACUGUGCGGCCAGUGGGGAAUAUGACUUUGCACAAGCCUCUGGGGUGGUCUUAGGACCCAACGAUUCGCCUUGUGAAUUGGACUACGCUGCUUACCAACUGGUGGGAGUGGCAUAUGCCAUGGGAAUCAAGCACAGCGAGGUGCCAAUUGGUGCUUGCUUGGUAUCGCACGAUGGUACCCUGCAGAGUAGCUGCGAAGUUCAGGUUCGAGCAGAUCGAGGCGGCCUUUCAGCUGAAGACAUGGCCGAGUUGGUCUCCGGAAAUCCCAGCGCCAUCUGCGGUGAGGCCGCAAGUGGCACCACUCUGCUGCCACUGCAGGGAGAUGCCUUCGCAUGGAAAUUCCAGGUGCCCAUUGGAGCGGAGAUGACGGAGAGCUAUGAGCUAGAGACCACCGAUGGCCUGCAAAGGGUUUUGAAAGUGUGCUACUGCGAGAAGCAGUCCAUUGGUGGCAACCAAUUCCAGAUCUGCAGCCAAGCAGAUUGGCAGAAUGCCGGCAGCCUGUCCUUGGUGGGUUUCGAGGGUAGCCCCGCUGACGUGAGAUGCUAUCGUGGACAGCGCUGUCGUUUGGGUCGGUCAGCCUUUGGCAUGAGUAAGGGAGAUGCUGCAAUUGCCGUGCCAGGUAAUUCCAGCUGUGCUAAUCUGGACUCUAUCGACUCUAUCGGUACACCUGCUCCCAUGAGCAUCCUCGGGGGCAGCACGGCAGUGGCCAACAUCGAUGUGGAGAACUACGAGGGAGAUCUGGCCACCAUCUGUUUCUGCUCCGCUGCGGUCUAUGGCAUUUUUGGAUGUCAGAAUGGCCAGUCGGGCCGGGUCUUCAACACCUUGAUGGGCUACGUGCGAUCCGGCGGCCUUGAGGGUGGCUUGCGCAUGGAUUGCGUUCCCACCUCCUUGACAUGUCCUGAAACCCCCACCUACCUGCAAGGCGAGGAUGCCAUCGUGGCAAAGAGAGGAAAACUCUUCCUGGCAGAACUGAAGUACAGGCCCUGCGAGGACUUGACUUCUGCAGACGUGCAGCAGGCCACCCUUCUGCCGGGCGAUGCGUCAGUGCGCGUGGAGAUGCCUUGGCCCAUGCUGUCGGGGCGCUAUGUGACCCGGCGAUCUGCCAUUUGCUUUUGUGAAGACGCCAUCGGCUGCCCUCAGCCCAAUCAAGUGAGUACGCUUCAACACAUUGGGGAGCUGAGGGUCCUUGGUGCAAUAGAUUCUGUGGGUCUCACGACGCACCCGGGCUUCGCCACCAUACCAUUGCAAGUGCGAGUUGUCGAGGAGGCCACUGGCAUCAGGUGCUGUGCGUCCAAUGCCACUGAUACCAUGGACUGUGUGGAUUUGAAGGCCUCAGCUACAAAUGCUGCGGCACUUCUUUCGUAUCCGGGUACUUUCCGCUUCCCCCUGGUGCUGCAAGAGCCGUUGACGAACUACGAGGAGAGAAUGGCUGUGAACGUGUCCUGUGCUGCGAUGGGCCAAACGGGGCCCUGUGCCCCAGAAGCGGUGACUUCGGGCCUGAGCGGCUUCCCUUGCAGACAGGUGCAUCCUCUGGCCCUCCAUCUGCAGCUGCCGCCCGUCUCUUGGCACCGUCCCUGGCGCCGUCCCGUGAACGGCGCCCUGGGGACCGAAGCUAUGGCGGAGGCCGGCGGCUACGCCACGCAACUGAAGGCCGUGAAGUCGGAGACCAUGACCAAGGGAAUUUGCAAGAAAGCAGCAGAAAAGAAUUUCAAAAGCUUGCCAUGUCAAGCGACAGAGUGCAUCGACCUGGACUCAGCCCGUGCCACGGUGCCAGGGCAUUAUGAGCUCUGCGUUUGUGAACCCGGCGCUGUGCCAAUGUCACAGGAGUGUCAAGGAUGGCACCACCUUGGGCAUCUGGAAGUCUUUGGGCCCUUCCCCUUGAAUCGUACCUUGCAGGGAACCAGCAGCGAACUCAUGCAGAUUUCCCUGCAGGGCGUCAGCUUGGGGCACGAGGAUAGCUUGGUCAGCGUGCCCUUGAAUUCGGCUCCCACGAACACUCAGACUGUUUGUGUUGGUGAGGGCCGAGUGCUCCCAGCACAAAGCACCGUUCACAGUCCAGCGGAUUGGAGUUCUUCUUACCUACGAUUUGAUGUGGCCUUGCCCGAGGGAAUACAAGCCUUAUGUUGGCUUCCACCAGGCAGUGGGAUGUUGCCCUACUACUUGGGCUUUGCUGAGAUUUUUGGCGAAAGGACCAACAUCGAUGGAUGUCUGGUGACUCCCUGGCAGUUGCUACAGUCUUGCAGUGCCUCCUGUGGGGCUGGGAAGGAGAUCUGGUACCGGCGGGUACUGGGAGUUUUGGAACCCAACGCGGAUUGCUCGGUGUUUCAAGAGGAGCGCUUCUGCAUGAAGUCUCCCUGCUUGGCCACGGUGGAGAGUUGGGAGGUGAAACCCAUGAAGCCUAUGCAAGAUGAACCCAUGGAACUGCAGAUCUUUGGGACGAACCUCAGCAAUGACCUCCAUGGGGUUCUAGUACGUGAUGACGGUGAACAGCAGCCUUCCAGCCCCAAGCAAGGCUUGUGCCACUAUGCGUCCCCUGUGGCCAGUAUGGUGAAAUGUGCGCCCAGCACUGUGGACAGCCAAACAUGUAGUUUUCCGCAAGCUCCAUAUGGUGGUGGCUAUCAGGUGUGCAUUUGCAUAGCUGAAGGGCCAAAGUGUCAGGCUUUUUUGCCUGCCUUGGGCACCUUGCAAAUUCAAGGCCUCCCAGAAAUGGAGGAGGGCGGCAUCAAAUACGUGGCAGUCAUUCUCACCGCCGCCUUCCUGCUGUUGCUCUGCUUACCUCUUCUGUCUUCGCGUGUGAGGAAGAAACUUUGGCAGCUUUGGAAGAAACUCAGGCGAAGGAUCUGUGGGGCAGAAUCAAAGGUCAUGGCCGUGCCGGGCAUAGAACAUGCAUCCGAAGAUGAAAAGGACGUGAAAGGUGAGAAGGAUGACAUGGAAGGAAAUGUAGAACAUGAUCUGCCCCAAAAGCAGCAAAAGAUGGACGAACAUGUGGAGAUCGCGGAUGAUCAUAGCACCGGCAUCCAGGGAACUGCGCAGCCAGAAGAGGAGCCAUCCCAGUGCAGCACUCCCAGGAAGGAGCCCGUUGAUGCCACUGAGGCCCCACUGGGAGGGGUAGCUCCUGAUGCACCACUGCAGCCGGAGAUCCCAGAAGCAGAGGUGGAAGGGUGCAAGACACCAGAGGACUGGGCCAU